UUGAGUUGAUCUGCUGCUGCUUGGUUAGCGCAUACGGGGCUUUAAGCUGCACAACAGUGAGAGGGAGAGGAGGAGAGGAGAGGGCUGAGCUAACCCACAACAAGCUUCACCACGGCCAUCGCAGACAGGCAGACGGACAGACGGCAGGACGGAUACACGGGUGGGGGCUGUGCUAGGCGGCUCGGCGGCAGGCUGGUGGAAGAUGUCGUCAGGAGCCGGCGGGAGGGGUGGAAGGCGGCUCAGGGGGACAGCAAGCAGCGGUGGCGGAGGAGGGAGAGGAGGGGCAGGAGAAGCAGAGGAAGGCCCUGUGGGGAUCCCGUUCCCUGAGCACAGCGCAGACAUCCUGGGCAGCCUGAACAAGCAGCGGCUCAGCGGCCUGCUGUGCGAUGUGCUCCUGGUUACUCAGGAACGGGAGUUCCCAGCUCACCGCUCCGUCCUGGCAUCCUGCAGCACCUACUUCCACAAGCUCUUCACUUCAGGGGCCGCCGCUGACCAACAAAACAUCUACAACAUCGACUUUGUGGCGGCAGAGGCUCUGGGAGCGUUGCUGGACUUUGCCUACACAGCCACGUUGACAGUCAGUCACAGCAGUGUGGCUGACAUCCUUGCCGCUGCACACCUCCUGGAAAUCCCACCUGUCCAGGACGUCUGUACACACCUGCUGGACACCAAAGUGCUCUCCCCGCCGGCGGGCAGUGAGCGAAGAGAUGAAGAUGAAGAUGAGGACGGGAAGGGCAGAGGAGGCAGGGAGCAGGGGAACCGGGUGCGGGCCCGGGAGUACCUGGAGUACUUCCAGAGAGGAGCGCACUGGAGCAGCAGCUGCAGCACGCCAGAGCUCAGGGACCUGCCCACACACCUGCACUUUAACCACGGUAAUGGGGGGGCCCCCAGCAACGGGGCUCCUGCUGGCCCUGGUGAGUACUACUCCCCCCUCGCCCUCGCCUUGGCCCAGGCCCCCACACAGGAGCCAGAGGAAGAGGAUGAGGAUGAAGAGGAAGAUGAGGACGGGGACGCGGUGCAGGGAAACGGAGCAAGCCUGGGGUCAUCUUACUACCCUCCAUCCCAAAACGGGCACUUCUACCUCCCCCCUGAGUCCAGGCUGGGGCAGGACACAGAGGUGGACGAUGGAAGCAGGGAGGCAAUGGCGAGGGAGAGGGGUUCCGCCAGCGCCCUCCUGCAGCAAAUGAUGGACUCCAUCGAGAGGCAGAAGGAGCGCGCAACAACAGGGGAGGAACAGGGAGAUGGGGAUGACCCCGACAUGGAAUUUUACUUGAAUUAUUUUAACAGCACGCAGCACGAGGAUCCAGCUUCGGCUGCUGUGACACAGGGAGUGCCGCCGCUCUGGUUAUCUCGGGGCAGAACAGGCCAAGACAGAGUAGGCGGAGGAGGAGAGAGGGUGGUGGGGGAGCGAGGCAGCGGGGGUGGAGCGGGAGGAGGUGGAGGCGAGAGGAAGAUGCGCUCUAAGGCCUUCCAGAAAUGCCCCAUAUGCUCCAAGGUCAUUCAAGGAGCAGGCAAGCUACCCCGCCACAUCCGAACGCACACGGGGGAGAAACCUUAUGAAUGCGCCAUCUGCAAAGUGCGCUUUACCAGGCAGGACAAGCUCAAGGUUCAUAUGCGUAAGCAUACAGGAGAGAAGCCUUACCUGUGUACGCAAUGUGGAGCCGCCUUUGCUCACAACUACGACCUGAAGAACCACAUGCGCGUACACACCGGCCUGCGCCCCUAUCAGUGCUCAAGCUGCUUUAAGACUUUCGUGCGCUCGGAUCACCUGCACCGCCACCUUAAGAAGGACGGCUGCAACGGCAUCCCCUCUCGUCGGGGCCGAAAGCCUCGGGUGCGAGAGCCGGGGCUCCUCGACGCCCCCCUGGGCCUGCUGAGCCCCAGCUCUGACACAGGCCCUGGGCCUCGCACCAUCAGGGGACGGCGGCGCUCGGAGGCAUCCUCAGCAGCAGAGGUGGAGGGGGCUGCCGGAGCCCAUGCACACAGUCCUCAGCUGCAGGAGCUGGCGGGGGAGGCAGGGCCCUGAGACUGCAGGGGCGACAAGGACACUGCUGGACACCAUAGUCACUCUGCACCGCCUGUGAGACAGGCCAGUGAACAGAGAGGAGAAAAAACAUGCAAAGGCAAACUUUAAAAAAAACAAAACAACUAACUAUUCCUCUAUAAACCAAAUCAGGGUGUCACAAAAAAAUCUAAUCUUUAUAUUUCUUUCUCCUUUUACUUUAGGAAAUGGAGUAGACAUGCAAGCACUUGAGUCGGUUUAUCUGUUUAAAGAGCAAAGAACGCUUCAAAUCAUGCACCCAUGACGUCCACUUUCUGGGCCAUUUCUUUCUUUAUAAUGUUAAGGGUUUUAUACAUU